AUGGCUGAAUUGUUUGUUCCGAAGAUAAUAGAUGUACUGGGUGAUGUUGCCCUGAAGCAGCUUGGGGAGAAGGUCAACUUGGUGAUGGGGGUUGAAGAGGAGGUGGCAAAUAUCUCCUCUAAGUUGGCAACCAUUGAAAAAGUGCUGCAUGAUGCAGAGAGACGAAGGCUGAAGGACAGAAGUGUUGGAAUUUGGCUAGAAAAGCUUGAGGACAUAACAUAUGAGAUGGAUGACGUGCUGGACGACUGGAACUUCAAGAUUCACAGAUCAAAGAAUGAGGGAACUCAACAGAAUGCCAGAAUGCAGCCAACACUGCGGAACAAGGUUCGUUCCUUUAUACCAUGCCUUUGUUCUUGUCUCAAACAACUUCCUGUGCGUAGUGGUAUAGCUAAGAAAAUAAAGAAAAUAAAUGAACGGCUAGAAUUAACUUUGAAAGAGGCAGAUCAAUUCAAGUUUAUUACACGUGGGGGGAUUCCUGAUUCUCAUGAUUUUCAACGAAUUAUGACUACCUCAAGCAUAGACGAAUCAGAGGUCUAUGGUCGAGCAGCUGAUAAGGAUAAGGUUCUUGACAAAAUUUUGCCUGAGAGUAGUAGUCAUAUUAGUCAAGGAAGAGAUGGGAUUCAAGUCAUCUCCAUAGUAGGGACCGGGGGUACAGGAAAGACAACACUUGCCCAGUUACUCUUCAAUGAUGAUAGAGUCAAGAACCAUUUUGAGCUUAAAAAAUGGGUAUGCGUGUCAGAUCCUUUCAAUGAGAAAAGGAUCGUGAAAGCAAUCCUUGAGAGUCUAGUACCGGACUCGUCAGAGUUGGAAUCAUUGGAGUUGGAUUCGUUGAUCCAACUUAUAAAAGAAACUUUUUCCGGUAAGAGAUUCCUGCUUGUCCUAGAUGAUGUCUGGACAGAGGACGACUCAAAGUGGAAACCUUUCCAAUACUCUCUCAAGGAUGGGGCUCCCGGAAGUGUAAUCUUGGUGACAACAAGGAGUCAUAGAGUGGCCAGAGUGGUGGGAACUACUCAUACUCACCCCUUGGACCUAAUAUCUGACUCUGAUUGUUGGCUAAUAAUGCAAAGGAUAGCAUUUGCUGGAAGAGCAGAGGAGUGGUGCAAGAAGGUACAAAGUAUUGGGUGGAAAAUUGCAGAAAAAUGCAAGGAAUGUUUUGGACAGUGA